AUGGCUUCCUCCGCUGCUGCCGGCUUCCUCGGCCGGUCUAGCAGCAGCAACUCGAACAUGCGAGGUCUCGUCCAGUUCAUCGCCGAUCUGAGAAAUGCGCGGGCGAGAGAUCUGGAGGAGAAGAGGAUCAACAAAGAACUCGCAAAUAUCCGGCAAAAAUUCAAGGAUGGUAAUCUGAGCGGAUAUCACAAGAAGAAAUAUGUCUGCAAACUGUUGUAUAUCUAUAUCCUGGGCUGGAACGUCGAUUUCGGACACCUCGAGGCAGUCAAUCUUAUUUCCGCCAACAAGUACUCGGAGAAGCAGAUCGGAUAUCUGGCUAUGACGCUCUUCCUCCACGAAAAGCACGAAUUACUACACCUGGUCGUCAACAGCAUACGGAAGGACCUUCUGGACCAUAACGAACUCUUCAACUGUCUGGCCCUCCACGCGAUCGCGAACGUGGGUGGCCGGGAGAUGGGAGAAGCUCUUAGUGGAGAGGUCCAUAGACUCUUGAUCUCGCCGACUUCGAAGGCAUUCGUGAAGAAGAAGGCUGCUCUCACCCUCCUCCGUCUCUAUCGGAAGCACCCCGACAUAAUCCAGCCGCAAUGGGCGGAGCGGAUAAUCUCGCUCAUGGACGACACCGAUCUAGGAGUGGCUCUGUCGGUUACCUCUCUGGUGAUGGCCGUCGCGCAGGAUAAUUUGGAUCAGUACAAGGGCGCCUAUGUCAAAGCCGCAUCCCGUCUCAAGCGGAUAUUGAUUGAUGGUGACUUUAGUGUCGACUACCUGUACUACAAAGUCCCCUGUCCUUGGUUGCAGGUCAAGCUCCUGCGGCUGCUCCAGUACUUCCCGCCCUCAGAAGAUAGCCAUGUCCGCGAGAUGAUUCGGGAGUCGCUGCAGAAGAUCCUGAACCUGGCCAUGGAGACGAAUAAGAACGUGCAGCAGAACAAUGCGCAGAACGCUGUCUUGUUCGAGGCUAUUAACCUCAUCAUCCAUCUAGAUACCGAGCACGCGCUUAUGAAGCAGAUCUCGUCUCGUUUGGGCCGAUUCAUCACGUCGAGGGAGACGAACGUGCGGUAUCUAGGUCUGGAGGCUAUGACGCAUCUCGCAGCUCGGGCCGAAAACCUCGAUCCUAUAAAGCAGCAUCAGGAGGUCAUCCUCGGAUCCUUGAAGGAUCGCGACAUUAGCGUCCGCAGAAAGGGCCUCGAUUUGCUAUAUAGUAUGUGCGAUUCGACCAAUUCUGGACCUAUCGUCACGGAACUGCUGCAUUAUUUGCAGAACGCCGACUUCGCGAUCCGGGAGGAGAUGGCGCUGAAGAUUGCCAUCUUGACGGAGAAGUAUGCUACCGACAUCCAAUGGUACAUUAACGUCUCACUCCGCCUCGUAGCCAUCGCGGGAGAUCAUCUGAGCGACGAGGUGUGGCAGCGCGUUAUACAGAUUGUGACCAACAACGAGGAGCUUCAGGUCUACGCCGCGCACAAUACUUUGCAACAUGUCAAGCAGGAUCACUGCCACGAGACGCUGGUCAAGAUUGGCGCGUAUAUCCUAGGGGAAUUUGGUCACCUGAUUGCCGAAGACUCGGGUUGCAGCCCUGUCGAGCAAUUCAUGGCGUUAUCGAGGAAGCUCCCUGCUUGUUCCACAAGCACUCGCGCGAUGAUUCUCUCAUCCUUCAUCAAGUUUGUCAAUCUAUUCCCGGAGAUCAAACCUCAGCUCCUGCAUGUUUUUGAGGUGUAUAGCCAUACUUUGGACCCCGAGUUGCAACAACGCGCCUACGAGUACCUGACGCUGGCGAGCUUACCGACGGAUGACCUGCUGCGGACCGUCUGCGACGAAAUGCCACCGUUCCCCGAGCGGCAGUCCGCACUUCUGUCGAGGCUCCACCAGAAGCACGCCGGAACUAGCGAUAAGCGGACAUGGGUCGUCGGUGGCAAGGACGCGAACAAUGACGCGACGGAAUUAAGCAUGGUCAAGAAUCCUAGUUUGAGGAGGACGUUCAGUUCCAAUGGCCCAGCUAACGGCAACGGGUUGGCGAACGGCGCCUCGAACGGCACCAAUGGGCACUCGAACGACCUGGCCGGGCUAGAUAUGAAUGCCGGACCGAUCCCGGAGAAGCUACUCAAGGCGCCGAAUCUAGCCAGCGCGGCCCAUCUAUCUCCCGGCUGGGAGGUUGGCUAUAAUAAAUUGUUGCUCAAGGCAGACGGGGUCCUGUUUGAAGACGGGCAAAUUCAAGUCGGCGUCCGUUCUGAAUAUAGGGGCCAGAUGGCAUGUCUUAUUUUGUAUUUUACGAACAAGACUCCGGCCACUGUAGGCUCCUUCACCACGACGUUGGACCUGGACGAAAGCGAGAAGCCCAACCUGACAUGGGAUGUCAAGGCCUUGCCCGAAAGCUCUAUCACGCAGGGCGGACAAUCGCGGCAGAUCAUAAUGUUCGAGGCGAAGAAGGUGCUGGCCAAGAGUCCUACGAUCAGGAUUAGUUAUCUUGCCGGUGCCCUUCAGGCGCUCACCUUGAUGCUUCCGCUCACGGCCCAUAAAUUCAUGGAACCGGCGGAUCUCACGGCGGACGACUUCUUCAAGAGGUGGAAGCAGAUUGGCGGCCCACCACGUGAGGCCCAGCAAAUUAUCAGGCUUGUGGGCGGUAGGUCCGGGUCGAGAGAGAUUACGGAAAGCUUCAUCCGCAAGACCAUCCAGGGAUUCCGAUGGGGAGUGCUGGAUGGUGUCGAUCCGAACACUAAAAACUUUGUCGGAGCCAGCGUGCUUCAUACCUCGGAAGGAGGCAAGUUCGGCUGUCUCAUGAGGUUGGAGCCAAACUAUGCGUCUCAGAUGGUCCGGCUGACAAUCAGGGCCACUGACGAGAGUGUGCCUCCUGUAUUAUUGAAGCUGAUGGAGGAGAGGAUAUCAGCAGGUGCCUCGACAACACCAGAGGUCCGAGAGACGCCAACACGCCAAGAGAUAUCCGAUACCUUCAGCAGCAUAAUGGUGAAGUAAAAAGCACACCUAGGAGAGAGGAGCAUGUUGACUUGUGUGUCCUGGGAGCCAGCCAGGACCUGGGAGGCAAGCGAUACUUGAGGAAGGCGACAAAGCAACUGUGCAGUAUUGUGCAUUUUCGGGCCAAGCGAAAAGGCGUUUGUAGGCAGCAUGCGAUUGAACAUGUCUCAAGCAAAGAUCGCUGUGUUAUUAGAAGG